AUGCGAUUUGUGCUAAUCCUCACAGGAUGGCAGAAAAUGACCUCAGAGGCCAGAAAUAUCUCCGACACUGUGAGUGACUUCAUCCUCCUGGGCUUCUCUUGCCGCUGGGAAAUACGGAUCUUCCUCUUUUUCACAUUCUUUGUGACUUACAUAAUGACUCUCCUUGGAAACCUGGCUAUCAUGUGUGCAGUGAGCUGGGACCACCGGCUCCACACCCCCAUGUACAUUCUGCUGGCCAACUUCUCCUUCCUGGAGAUAUGCUAUGUCAACUCUGAUGUGCCCAACAUGCUAGCCAACUUCCUUUCCAAAAACAAAACUAUCUCCUUUGCUCGAUGCCUCCUCCAGUUGUACUUCUUCUUCUCACUGGGCACAACUGAAUGCUUAUUUCUCUCCAUCAUGGCCUAUGACCGGUUCCUGGCAAUCUGUCGCCCCCUACACUAUCCUACUGUCAUGACUAUAAAGUUUUGUAGCAGCCUGAUCAUCAUUUGCUGGGUCUACGGUUUCCUCUGGUUUCUACUCCCAGUUAUACGCAUUACCCAGCUGCCAUUUUGUGGCCCAAACGUGAUUGAUGACUUUCUAUGUGACCUCAGUCCCCUGCUGGCCCUGGCAUCAGCCUGUGUCCCAAUCCCAGGGACUGUUCUCAUAUGCGGCACCAUGAGUUCCCUCCUCAUCUUUGCCACCUUUUUCUACAUUAUUGGCUCCUAUACCCUGGUGCUGAGGUCUGUGAUGCAGGUACCCUCUGCUGCUGGCCAGAAGAAGGCCUUCUCCACCUGCUCCUCACACCUGACUGUCGUGUUUUUAUUUUAUGGCUCAGUCAUGAUGACAUAUGUGAGCCCAGGGUCAGGACAAGCAGAAAGCAUGCAGAAGUUCACAACUUUGUUCUACUCAGUUUUGACCCCUUUGUUCAAUCCAAUGAUCUACAGCCUCCGGAAUAAAGAAAUGAAGGAUGCCUUGAAGAAAGUUCUAGGAGGCUCCUAA